GAGCGGUUGGGAAUGGCUGGGAUAGUUCACAUGACCGAAUCUGAGCUGCUCCUUUUGCGACUUUUAGACCCCUCUACGAUGUACACAAUCGAAUGUAGAGCAAAUGCGAAUAUUUUUCUGCGUAAAUACUGCCAUAAGUUUGGAACGCGAUAAUAUUUUCAUUUUUCGAGAUAUUCCAGAGUAAUGUUGUUUUAAUCUCGCCGUUUCAUCGGUUUAUUCCGUCUGUAAAAUUAUUUCCACUCAACACCUGGUAUAGCUCGAAGAAUACAUCAAUCGCUGAUAGUGAUGAGCUUCCUUGUAGCUACGAUGAAAUUAUCCGAACAGCUAGAUAGUACAGAAACACGUACGAAGAAAAGGAAACGAGAAUCAGUAUCCAUAGGCGAUAGAUCGGAUCAAAAUGUAGACGAUUUAAAUACCAGAUCUCCAUCAAAAAGAACCAAACAAACUGCUGCCGAACAAGAUGUUUCUAAGGUCUCACCAGGUGAUAAGAAUCAGCCUAAAGAUAACAAUACUUCUAGAUUGCAGUCGCCGUGCGAUUCCACUAAAAAGAAAAUCAACGAAACGUCACCAGAUAUUAAAUCUGUGAAGAGAAACCUUACCGAAUUGAUCGGUAGUUGCGACGACGGAAAUUCCACUAUUCUAAAUACUCCAUCCGAACCCUGCGACCAGAGAAUAUCUCCGAAGAAAAAAAAGAAAAAGAAAAAGAGCGAAAGUAUUGAAGAAAGCGAUAUUCUUUCAAGUAACAAAUCUCUCAACUUUCCUGCCAGUACGUCGGCAAAUGAUGACGAAAAAAUUGACACCGUCGAUACUAAAAAUGACACUUUACAAUCCGAACUUAGUUCGCCUAAAAAGAAUAAGAAACAAAAAAAAAUUGAUAAAAUUAGUAACGAAAAUUUAAACGAAUCUAAAUCAACGUCGAGUAAUAAAUCUACAGAUUCUACUGAUAAUGUUCCUGAUUCACGUUCUGAUAUUAGUAACGUUACCGAAGACUCCUGCAAACCGAUCGAAUCUUCUUUAAGAACAUCUCCUAGAAAAGCUAAGAAGAAUAAAAUCGACGAAAACGUCAACGAAUCCGAAUCAACACCGAGUACUGAUUCUGCGAAUACUACAAAUGCUGAUCUUCCUUCACAUCCUGUAUCCGACGAUGCCGGCGAGAUUACUAAAUCUCCAGAAAAAAUAUCUCAUAAAAAAAGUAAAAAGAAGAAAAACAAAAUUGAUAAAAAUUCCAACGUCUCGAAAGAAAUAGUAUUCGCCGAGCCUUCGGAAAAUACCUUGCCUGGAUCGGAUUCAUCGGCGAUACCUUUAAAAUCAUGUUUAAAGAAGAAGAAACGUAAAACGAAGAAAAAGAAAAAUCAAUCGGGCCAACAAAGCAGCGAGAACAGCUUCGAUAACGAUAAGAAAUUAGCAAACCGAUCUGUAAGUUUUGAUAAUAACGUCAAGAUCGAAUUGAUCGAGAACUGUCUCUCGAAACCAGUCAUCGAAAAGACACCAGCUACGCCAGCCAAUGCUCGUAAGAAAGUCAAAGCUUCGUCUUAUUUAAAAUGUUGGAAAGAAGAUAGACAGAAUUGGAAAUUCGAGAAACUUACUCAACUAUGGUUAAUAAAAAACAUGCUGCAAGAAGAUAUGGUUCCUGGCGAAGAGUUCGAGUAUUUUCAAGAAUAUCUCGUAGAUUUAAAAGGUGCUGCUCGAAAACUAGUAAUUGAUUUGUGCAAUAAAGUAAUAUCGUUCAUGGAGCAGAAACAGAUCGAAGAAGAGAAAAUGGAGCAGAAACCGGCGGAGGAGGAGAAUAAAGAACUACAAACCGCCUAUACCAGAGCUCGAGCAGUUCAACAACUUAUCCCAGAAAUGCAAGAUAAACAAUAAGAUGGUUCUUUUUUUUUAUAAUAUAAUUUUUUUGUAAUAUAAAGUUAUUCGUUAUUUACAGACAAUCGACCAACCCAUCGUUGAAAAACUAAACAAAUCGAGCAAUUUUAUUCGUGUAGGUAAAUUAAGUAAAUCACAUCGUAAUCUUAUAUAUUGGCAACUUGAUACUGGUGUUGGUGAAAGUUUUAAUCGUCGGUGUGUUUUUUAACGAAUGCGAGCAGUUUAUCUUCGUCUUGCUGACCGACCAUUUUUUCUUUCAAUUUACCAUCUUUAAAAGCAGCUACGACUGGAAUGGCUUCGACCUGAAAUGGGUUAUGGUUUAGAGUAAAGAAUCAAACGAAUAUUUCGGUGACCGAAGGAGAAAAUAAAUAAUUACUUCGUAAUCGAAAGCGACAUCGGUACAAUGAUCAACGUUCACUCUAGCGAUCUUAAUUUUUCCAUUUAGCGAAUCGACAGCUUUUUCAAGUCUGGGAGCGAGUAUUUUGCAAGGUUUACACCAUCUGAAACAGUACGUCUCGUGGUAAUUUAUCGCUGAAUAAUCUAAAUGAAAAGAUAAGAUAAUACGAAAUGAAAAAUACUAACGGUGCGUGAAACUGAACGAUGAUAGCGCUCUUGCUUUUCAAAACCCUUUCUUGAAAAUCUUCUGGAUCUUGAACUUCGAAAGAAUUACUAACGAGAGAACGAACAGCCGGUUUCGCGAUCGCUUGAGCUAAAUUACUUUGCAGAGGAUUCGUUCUGACGAGGUUUCGAACUAUUGCGAGAG